AUGACCAACGACGCGAACGUUUUUUAUUACAAACCUGGUUCCACCUUCUCUAACAUUGGCUUGCUGAAUUUGCUCGAAAAGCAGGUGAUCGAUCGUUUUACCCUGCAAAAAGUGGAACUGGCCAGGGGGGAAAAUAACGAACCUUGGUACAUUCAAGUGAACUCAAAGGGUCUCGUCCCUGUGCUUGUUCACAAUGGUAAAGCGACGGCCGAAACCAUCGAUAUUGGUCAAUAUCUUGAUAAACAGUUCCCCGACCAUCCUUUGCACGCCGACGACGCCCAAGUCAUCGAAAAACUCCAACGAUGGCAUGCUAUCCAGCUCAAAGUCAUUGCUCUGGGUCCCAAGUCAGCCGAUGAAAACACAGACAAGCGUGCAGCCGACUUGAAAGCGGAACGUGACAGCAUUGAAAAGAACGCUCAGGCAAAUCCCGCCUUGGCAGCAGCCUACACAGAACGUUUGAAUCUAUUUGACGCACGUGCUCAAGGUAUCAUGAGUUUUGAACGUCAACAACAACAAACUCAACUGUGGGCCAAACUGUUGGAAGAUACGGAUAACUACUUGGCCGAUGGUCGAGAAUAUCUUCAUGGCUCCACCUUUACGCUUUUGGACCUUCACGCCGUUGCCAUGCUGUAUGCUGCACAAACCAAGUGGCGCCUGGAAGUCCCCGCCGACCGUCCCCAUGUCAAGAGUUACUAUGAACGACAUACUCAACGUCCUGCAUUCGUGAAACUUGUGCAAAUGAACACCGCCGCCAAUUAA